GUGGAUUAUCUGGGUGAUUAAGUGCAGUAACGUUACGUUCUGAUGGGAUAGACGUGAAUGCUGUACACCAUGGGCAAUGCAGCCAUGUGUAAGGUGUGUGGUUCAGACAAGGGCCUGAGGACUGUCGGGACCCAGCCGGACCAGGACAACAAUGAUUUGCCAGAAUAUUUCUGUGAGGAGCAUUUCCCUGCACCACCUCCACUGAUGCUGUCGGACAGUAAUACCAGUUUUCUACGGGCAGCGAGAGCCGGGAACGUUGACAAGGUUUUGGAGUAUCUCAAAGGAGGAGUGGACAUUAGCACCUGCAACCAGAAAGGAAACACAGCCCUUCACAUCUCCUCCCUGGCUGGUCAGGGUGAAGUGGUGAAGAUUUUGUCCAAACGGGGCGCGGACAUCAACGCACAGUCUCAGAAUGGAUUCACGCCUCUGUACAUGGCGGCCCAGGAGAACCACAUGGACGUGGUCCGGUACCUGCUGGAGAACGGGGGCAACCAGAGCAUCGCUACAGAAGAUGGUUUUACCCCUCUGGCCAUCGCCCUUCAGCAGGGACACAACCAGGUGGUUUCUGUCCUGCUGGAGAACGACACCAAAGGCAAGGUCCGUCUGCCUGCCUUACACAUUGCUGCUCGCAAAGAUGACACCAAAUCAGCCGCCCUGCUCCUUCAGAAUGAUCACAAUGCUGAUGUCCAAUCAAAGAUGAUGGUCAAUAGGACUACUGAGAGUGGAUUCACACCCCUGCACAUCGCCGCUCACUACGGGAAUGUCAACGUGGCCACACUCCUGCUGAACCGCGGGGCAGCUGUUGAUUUCACAGCAAGGAACGGCAUCACUCCCCUACAUGUGGCCGGUAAACGUGGCAACACUAACAUGGUUCGCCUGUUGCUGGAUCGAGGCUCUCAGAUCGAUGCUAAAACACGGGACGGUCUGACCCCCCUUCACUGUGCAGCUCGUAGCGGACAUGAGACAGCUGUGGAGCUGCUGCUGGAGAGAGGAGCCCCUUUACUGGCCAGAACCAAGAAUGGUUUGUCCCCGCUGCACAUGGCAGCCCAAGGUGACCACGUGGAAUGUGUCAAACACCUUCUGCAGCACAAGGCUCCUGUUGAUGAUGUUACGCUGGACUACCUGACCGCGCUGCAUGUAGCAGCUCACUGCGGUCACUACAGAGUCACCAAACUCCUGCUGGAUAAGAGAGCCAAUCCCAACGCCAGGGCACUGAAUGGCUUCACUCCGCUGCACAUUGCCUGUAAGAAGAACCGAGUGAAAGUGAUGGAACUGCUGGUCAAAUAUGGAGCCUCUAUCCAGGCCAUUACAGAGUCUGGCCUGACUCCCAUCCACGUAGCAGCUUUCAUGGGUCACCUGAACAUCGUCCUGCUGCUGCUGCAGAAUGGAGCCUCACCUGAUGUCAGCAAUAUUCGUGGUGAAACAGCGUUACACAUGGCAGCAAGGGCAGGGCAGGUGGAGGUGGUCAGAUGUUUGCUGAGGAAUGGAGCAAUGGUGGAUGCUCGAGCGCGGGAGGACCAGACACCUCUUCACAUUGCAUCCCGUCUGGGCAAAACAGAGAUUGUACAGCUGCUGCUGCAGCACAUGGCCCAUCCUGAUGCUGCUACAACCAACGGCUACACCCCCCUCCAUAUCUCUGCCAGAGAGGGGCAGGUAGAGACUGCUUCGGUCCUGCUGGAGGCCGGCGCUUCACACUCACUGGCCACCAAGAAAGGUUUUACUCCCCUGCAUGUUGCUGCCAAGUACGGAAACCUGGACGUGGCUAAACUCCUGCUGCAGCGUUGUGCUCCUCCUGAUUCGGCUGGAAAGAACGGCCUCACCCCUCUUCAUGUCGCAGCUCAUUACGAUAACCAGAAGGUGGCGCUCCUGCUGUUGGACAAAGGAGCGUCGCCACACACAACAGCUAAGAACGGCUACACUCCUCUGCACAUCGCAUCUAAGAAGAACCAGAUGGACAUUGCCACAGUGUUGCUGCAGUAUGGUGCAGACACCAACAUCCUGACCAAGCAGGGUGUCACUCCUCUCCAUCUGGCCUCCCAGGAGGGUCACGCAGACAUGACUGCCCUGCUCAUCAGUAAGGGAGCACAGAUCAAUGUCCCCACCAAGAGCGGCCUGACUGCGCUCCACCUGGCAGCCCAGGAGGAUAAAGUGUGUGUUGCUGAGAUCCUCACCAAGAACGGUGCCAACCUGGACCAACAGACCAAGCUGGGAUACAGUCCUCUAAUUGUAGCAUGUCACUAUGGCAAUGCCAAGAUGGUCAACUUCCUGCUUCAGAAUGGAGCCAGUGUCAAUGCCAAGACCAAGAAUGGAUACACUUCCCUUCACCAGGCAGCCCAGCAAGGAAACACACAUAUCAUUAAUGUUCUGUUGCAGUACGGAGCCAAACCCAACGCUAUUACUGUGAAUGGUAACACGGCACUGGGUAUUGCCCGGAGACUGGGCUACAUCUCUGUGGUGGACACUCUGAGGGUCGUCACUGAGGAGAUUAUUACCACAACAACAACGGUGACAGAGAAACACAAGCUGAACGUACCAGAGACCAUGACUGAGGUGCUGGACGUCUCUGACGAAGAGGGCGAUGACACAAUGACCGGUGAUGGAGGGGAGUAUUUGAGAGCCGAGGACCUCAGAGAGCUGGGAGAUGAUUCCCUUCCAGGACAGUACCUGGAAGGAAUGAACUACCUCCGCUUCAGCCUGGAAGGUGGACGCACUGACAGUUGUGACAGGUCCUUCACGCCCACCCACCACAGCUACUACUCCCCUCGGCAUGAAGGCAUGAUGGAUGAGAUGCUCACCGCUCACCAGGUUUCGUCUCUUGCCAGGGAGAAUGACAGGGACUCCUACAGGCUCAGCUGGGGCACAGACAACCUGGAUAAUGUGGCUUUGUCAUCCAGCCCCAUCCAUUCUGGCCGUUCCUCUCCGUGCCACGAUCAUGGAGAUCACAGCAGCUUCUUGGUCAGCUUCAUGGUGGAUGCCAGGGGUGGAGCCAUGUGGGGUUGCCGGCACAAUGGCCUCCGCAUCAUCAUUCCACCAAAGAAGUGCAGCGCGCCGACACGGAUCACAUGCCGCCUGGUGAAAAGACAUCGCCUGGCCACCAUGCCCCCCAUGGUGGAGGGUGAGGGCCUGGCCAGCAGGCUCAUCGAGGUGGGGCCUACUGGAGCCCAGUUCCUUGGUAAACUCCAUCUCCCCACUGCCCCCCCACCUCUUAAUGAGGGAGAGAGUUUGGUUAGCAGAAUCCUCCAGCUUGGCCCGCCAGGGACAAAAUUCCUUGGCCCCGUGAUCGUUGAAAUCCCCCACUUUGCCUCCCUCCGAGGAAGGGAGCGGGAGCUGGUGAUCCUUAGAAGUGAGACAGGAGAGAGCUGGAAGGAGCAUCAGUGUGAGCACACUCCAGAGGAACUCAACCAGAUACUUAAUGGAACAGACGAGGAACUGGACCCACCUGAGGAGCUGGAGAGGAAACGCAUUUGCAGAAUAAUUACCAGAGACUUCCCACAAUACUUUGCUGUGGUGUCACGCAUUAAACAGGACAAUAAUUUCAUUGGUCCUGAGGGAGGCAUCCUAAGCAGUACUGUUGUGCCUCAAGUACAAGCAGUGUUUCCUGAGGGUGCACUCACCAAGAGGAUCAGAGUUGGAUUGCAGGCUCAGCCAAUGAGUGUAGAUGUAGUGAGGAAGAUCCUUGGUAACAAGGCCACCUUCAGCCCCAUUGUCACUCUGGAGCCUCGCAGAAGGAAGUUCCAUAAACCCAUCACUAUGACCAUCCCCAUCCCGAAGAGCAACACUGAUCCAGCCCUCAACGGAUUUGGAGGGGAUACACCCACGUUACGACUGCUCUGUAGUAUAACUGGUGGGACGACGCCUGCUCAGUGGGAGGAUAUAACUGGAACAACACCGUUAACAUUCAUCAAUGACUGUGUCUCUUUCACCACCAAUGUGUCUGCAAGGUUCUGGCUUAUAGACUGCCGUCAAGUCCAGGAAUCCGUCAACUUUUCCACUCAGGUGUACCGGGAGAUCAUUUGUGUCCCAUACAUGGCCAAGUUUGUGAUUUUUGCCAAGACACAUGACCCCAUUGAAGCCAGACUGCGUUGUUUCUGCAUGACAGAUGACAAGAUUGAUAAAACACUGGAGCAGCAGGAGAACUUCACCGAGGUGGCACGCAGCCGUGAUGUAGAGACCGGCAGGACGUUUGAGAAAUAUGAAGAGACGGAGACACCAGUCCUGAAAUCUGACCUGAUUCGAGAGCCAGAUCUUCUUUUCGACGUGACAGAGAUGAAACAGGAUUUGAUUAAAAUGACUGCAAUCUUGACUGCAGACUCAACUGAAAAAUCCCCUUCCAUUGGAGGAUGUGGUUUAGAAAAAGGAUCAGAGGAAGUUUCUGGAGAACCUUUAGAAAUAAUGGAGAAAGACCUUGAGAAAGUCAAAGAGGACCUAGAGAAAGUCAGUGAGAUACUGAGGAGUGGGACGUAUCAAGGGGAAGUAUCAGAGGAGAGAGCAAAAGCAGCUAGAAUGGCUGAGGAGUGGGUUCUUCUCUCAGACAGAGAGAUAGUAGAGGCCAAAAAAAUGGCCGCUUUAGAAAUUAAGGAGCCUGUCUUACGUGAAAGUAGACCUAACAGAGGAGCUCCCAGACCAAAGGCCAUCAAGGGAAGUGGUGACCUCAAAGAAUACCUUUGUGAUACACCAGUAGGUUCUAAAGUAAAAGCUAAAAAAGAGACAGGGAUCCAAGAGAAAUUUACUGAAGUUUUUCUACGCAAAAGUGCAAAACCAACCACACCAACCAAAGUUCAGGACAGUACCACAACUGGUGAAGUUAAAAAGCCAGUGAGAAAGAAAGGAAAAAAGCAGGAGCAGGCAGAAAGAUCAGUAGAGGCUGGGGCUCAUCUAGGUGUACCUACAACUCCUACUCCAGCAUCCCCUAAGUCUCCAGUAAUUGAAGAAACCCCUAUUGGGUCAAUAAAGGACAAAGUCAAGGCUUUACAGCAAAAAGUAGAGGCUGAACAAAAGAGCAAAAAGCUCACAGGAAGCAAGCCUUCACAGUUAUCCGUCAUGAGUAAACCAUCAUCAAAAGCCAAAGAAAGCCCUUCUAGAUCAAAACAUGUCCCUCAUAAAUCCCCUAAAUCUGAAUCUGAAAAACUUGAAGAAACUAUGUCUGUUAAAGAGCUGAUGCAAGCAUUCCAAACAGGGCAGGACCCUUCAAAAAGAAAGUCUGGGUUAUUUGAGCUCAAAACAAGUUCAUCAAGAUCAGAGAAAAACUCCCAUUCUGAAACAGUUCAGUCAAUAUCCAUGAAUGUAGCAAUGACCUCACAGAUCUCACAAGUACAAGAAGUAUCAUUGGAUUCCAAACUUUGCAAAAAAGAAAGCACUUCACAAGACAAAGAAAAAGAAAUUAAGUCAGCUGCUCACUCGGAGUUAACCAAAACUAUAGACUUUGGAAACAAUGGCCUUGAUGAUAGCUCUGAUGGCAGUAAACAUGAGGGUGUGGCAGACUCACUAAGUGCCAGUUCUGGAAAUAGAACACCUCACCUGAGCUCAGAGGACAGUUACAAACAUGAAGGGCUAGCCACUCCAGGCUCAAGCCCUGAAAGCCUGUCUGGUCAGCAAACAGAUACAGCUUUGGCAUCAGCUCCCACAAAGCAUAAAGACAUUAAAGGGACAGAGAAAUCUGGAGACUCGGGUGUAGGGACCUCGGGUGACCAGCUGUCUGAAGACCUGCCCCUUCCUGUCUCUUCCAGUGAGCCUGCAGAAGACCGUGCAACAACAGGUUUGCAUGAUGGAACCCACAGCAAAGAGGGCAAGAACACAACAACAGCCACUGUCACGUCAGAGGGACCUCAUUUUGUCUCAGACCAGCAUCAAUCAAAACCAAAACUGAAUUCUGCACAGGAGGAAAUAUUCCCAUCAUCUAUUGAAGCUGAUAAAGAUACUUGUAACCAAGCAUCAACAUCAAACAAUGAAAACAGAACUGAUGACCAAAAACGGGAGAGCUUUAUCAAGUCAAGUGACAAUAAAAGAGACAUUAAGGACAGUCAACAGUUAGAUGUUAGUCGGGCACAGACAUGUAUGCAAAAACCUACAAAUGAGGUGAAGGGAAAAAAGUGGGGACAGGCAGAGGGCCCAGUGGCUGGGUUUUGUGCAGAUCCAACAAAACUGAAGGUCAGUGUUUACAAUGACACAGAUGAAGGUGGUGAGGUCUUGGAUCUUCCCAGAACUGAAUCAAAAGGAGUUACUGCGAGGGUACUGUCAGAGCCAUGGUCUUCCAUGCGAGAGGAUGAUGAAACAUUUGCAUCACAUGUGAAAGAAGAAGAACAAAAAAUAUUGAAUCUAGCUGUGGACCGUCAGUCUCUGCAAGCAACUCCUGACACCACCCCUGGCAGAACACCAACAGAAGAGAGCACUCCUACUAGUGAGCCAAAUCCUUUUCUGUUCCAGGAAGGGAAGCUGUUUGAGAUGACACGUAGUGGCGCUAUUGAUAUGACUAAAAGAAGCUAUGAGGAGGAGGGAGGUGGCUUUGCUUUUUUCCAAAUAGGUGAACAGCCUUUAGAAGAACCUGUCUUAGAAGAGGUCAGACAUGAAGAGAGAUCAGUGGCAGAAUCAGCAGUAGGCCUUAAUCUUUCACUUGAGCUUAAGACUCAAAAAGAUGAAAUGUUAAAAGAUAAAACUGAUUCACAACUUCAAUCCAAACCUGAAGGAGAUCAAUCAGGUUGUAAAACUGAUGCUACCAAGUCAAAAAUACCUAAAAUGGGCACAAUACCUUCAGGCAAAAUUACUAAGAAAGAUCAGAUGCACCCUGAAGCUUUUGAGACUAAAUCAGACAACAAUGUAAAUGAAGGAUCUUUGGAUUUAGACACAAGUUCCUCUGAACAAACAUUGACAAAUGUACAAACUGCAGAAACUACUGUCACUAGAUCAGUUUACCCUGAGCAGGUGCCUGAGUCCUCGGAUUCAUCCCCAGAAGAGGGCAAGUCAGUGGUAGAAGUCCCUAAAAUAACAAGCAAGUCCAAACAGAGUGCUUCCCAUGGUGUUAAGAAGAUGCAAAACACCGUCAAAACUCAAGCUAAGUCUUCUACUCAGAGUCGUGGAAAAUCCAUGAUUCCUUCUCCGUCACAUGCAAUGCCCUCUUCAGCUGCUCUUAAAAAGGAGGCCUCCUUCUCUUCAGAAACUAAAUCUAAGAUUCCUGUCAAGGCUGUCAGGGCUGAUUUGAAUGUCAGACGAGUGGAAAAUGCUCAAGAUAAAAAGAAUAAGGUUCCUAUAAGAAAAGAUACGAGGAGAAAAUCUGAGACAGAUGCAGGUCCUUCUGUGGAUGUCAAAACCAAGGUGCCGUCUUCCAAAGCCAAGAGUUUCUGUGAGGGGGAAUCCAAGUCAUCAACUAGGAAAGAACAGGGUCGCCUCCCAAUUGCUGAAUCGGCAAAAUCCAAAGGUUUUCAGUCCAGAUUACCGGUUCGGGGCAAAAGUGGUCAGACUCCUCAGUCGUCGACACCCAUUAAAAACAAAAGUAAACCUCAUAAACACUACAAUGAAUUCUUUGAAGAGAUCAGUGACGAAGCUGCAAAACUCGUUGAAAAGUUGGCACAGGCAGAGGCAGAAAAAGAGGAAGAGGCUGUAGCUGCUCUUUCAGAUGAUGAGAGCAGUCUCAUUGAUCCAUCAGUCAUAGAAAGGGAAACGUUCCCAGUGCUGCAGUUACCCACCUCCAGAGACAUCUUUCCUAUUAGACCACUGUGGGACGACCCUGUUGAGACACAGAUGCAGCGAAUUCCAGACGAUAAAGUCCAAAGUCAAGUAGAUCCACAGGAUGAAGUAGAAAGAAAAGAACAACGGUUGGCUGUUAUAGCUGACCACUUGGGCUUCAGCUGGACAGAGUUAGCACAAGCAUUGGACUUCAGCGAGGAGAAGAUCAACAUGAUAAGGACAGAAAACCCUGACUCACUGCAGGACCAAAGCUAUGCCCUUCUGAAACUUUGGACAGAGAGUGAGGGACAGCAUGCCACAGAAAGGACACUUAUCAAGAGACUUACAAUGAUAAACCGAAUGGAUAUAGUUCACCUGAUUGAAACCAAAUUGAACAAAUCCAGCGAAGAGGAGACAUCGUCACACACCUAUGCUGAAAUUGAGCAGACCAUGGCUCUGGACCACAGUGAAGGUUUUUCUGCCCUCCAUGAAGACUUGGACAGUCCAAGGCCAAGCAGAUGCACAGACAAUGCAGGAGGACGUCCAGCACAGGGACAACAGGUCCCUGUGGUGUCAGCAGAGGAGCUGUCCAUCAGUUUGUCAUCGCUUCAUGAGACAUCAGGACAUCUCAAAAAUGCCCAGAAAGGGAAAUUACAAAAGGAUAUGGAAACAACACAGGCAUCACAAACAAUAUAUGAGGAAGUGACAGACUCAAUACAUACAGGCAAUUUUAAACAAGCUGAUAAUCUGCCAGACAUCCCCCCACAGACCGUCACUGAAGAGAAGUACACAGACGAGCACGGCAACAUGGUAGUGAAGAAAAUCACACGGAAGGUGAUCCGCAAGUAUAUGUCUCCGGACGGCUCAGAGACACAGGAUGUGAGCAUUGAGGGCUCUCACCAGGAGAUGGUGCAGAUAGAGGAGGGAGAUGCUGUGUCCAGAGUGGUGAAGAGAACGGUGCUCCACACGGAGGGAGAUCAGAAGGAGCUGACCUUCACUGAACCUCGGGUUCUGGGCACUGCCACAGCCUCAGCGUUCGAGGCGGAGCCAGUCCAGGGCCGAAAGGUCAGUAAGGUGGUGAAGACGACGGUGGUGAGAGGCGAGAGGACGGAGAAGCAGAGAGGAGACCACUCCCUGGCUACAGACCUCCCCUCAGCCCGGGAUGACUUUCAGAAGGCGUUGAGUUAUGCCGGAGGCUUUGGGAACGUGCUCCUGCCUCAGGUGGUGGAGAAGGAGGUUGAGCAGGACGAUGGUUCUGUGGUUAAAAGCAGUCGGAUGCGUAAGUGUCGGACCCAGAAGAGGACUGUGGUGAGGGAUGCCCAGGGGAAACACGUGCACUUGGAGCGUCUGGAUGACACCCCAGACGCCCUGCGGCCUGACGCCCUGCAGCACCACCUGCACCGACUGCUCCAAC